AUGCAGCACCCACCCCAACCCGUCUUUACGACUUCAGGCUCGCCAUCAGCACAACGAGCACUGCCCGACAGGAGCGUGAAUAGCGCCUCCAUUGAGGAUGCCUAUACCGCCUUCGUUCUUUACUGCAACCCGGGUGUUCCCAUCGAUACUGACUCGGCCGCCUUGCGCGAGGCAUUCCGCACUCCACCGAAAAGUGGAGGCAAGAGCUUCAGUACCUACACCCUGUUCGAGCUGAUCAAGAAGCUCGAGACCAAGGAGCUCAAGACAUGGGCCGAGCUAGCCUUGAAGCUGGGCGUCGAGCCGCCGGACCAGGAGAAGGGCCAGAGUUCACAAAAAAUCCAACAGUACGCCGUUCGUCUCAAGAGCAAGAGGUGGAUGCAUUCCAUGCACGUCGAUGCCUUCUUUGAGUAUCUUAUUGGUCGAGAGUCUCCCUAUUGGACCGAGAUACCACCCGGACAUGUCCCAGUCGCUGAGUUGGAGCGGGAUGGCGUCGCUGCAGAGGACGACAUGGCGUUGCGGGCACUCCUGCCCCAAAUCAAACCCCGAAGGGGUAGGCGGAAACCCGAGGAUGACGAAACUGGCAAGUCGCCUUCCCAGCGUCCAUCCCCACAAGCGGAGGAAGAUGGAUCCGGCGGACAGGGCAACACGACAGAGCCGUGGACGGCGCAACCGGAUGGGAGGGGCGGCGUCUUCUUGUUCCCCCCGGCCGCCGACCCCUCGAGGCUAAACCCAUCCGCGCCCACUUGGGGAAACGAAAUCGUGCAGACGCCCAUGUCAGCGUAUCUGAUCUCACAGUCUGCGAUCACGCUCUCUACCAGGAACGUCUUCUGGGCAGACGAGCCAAGCUCCUCUGCGGCGGCUCCCACAAGCAACCCUGCUUCCAUCAACAACAACAAUACGGCACCUCCUGAGCUACCUGCGCCACCCGCCCCCCAGGACCCCCCGCCCCAACCUACGCAGACGGUAAACCACUUCUCCCCGAUCCAGGAGUCGGCGCCCACUCGACCAGCCAAGCGGAGAAUGCUGUCGCUGCAGGUCCCUGAAAGAAAGGGGGGCGAGGUUCGGCUAGCCACGCCUCCACUUCCGGAGCCGGCAACGGCGCCGGUCGUCAUGAUCAACGGGCAAUCGGCCGAGCCCCACGGCCAACCCGUGCUCGGGGCAUUCAAUGACCAGAUUGGUGGCAUGCCUACAGAAAUCCCGGGGGCCAUUGCAAGUGAUUCUGUGCCACUGGGACCUAUCCCUGGGCAACCAGGUACUUUCACACGGGACCCGACGGACCGCACUAACAUGGCCGAAAUCGAGGCCCUAUUCGUGUCCACCCUAUUGGAUGGGGACUGGUACGAUAUCAAUCAACAACCGAUCCCUCCUGGUUCCGUCGAGGAAGCGCUGGCUUACUCGCAAACCGUCAUCGAAACCCUACGCAAGACCGCACACACCAACGAAGCAUUCUUAAUCAACCUAGCCGGCCUGGCAGGAGGCAAAUUUCUAAUGCCCAAGGGCAGCCUGCGCGUCAAUCGCCUCGAGGAACUCUCCGACCGGACACGGUACUCGAUUACCUGGCAGCUGCAGUUUGGGGGUAUCGUGGGGGUGUGGACCAUGGAUGAGACAGUUAUGCAUGACAGGUGGAAGAAGCCGAAGAAGGAUGACGAAGCAGCGCCGUUGUCAGGGUCGACGACCCCCACUGGAACUGACGGGUCACAGGCGGAACAUUGGAAAAAGAAGUACAAGGAGCUGGCGGCCACCUUGCAACAGCGCGACGAGGAGAUGAUGCGGCUCAAACCUUCCGCUCGUUCCAUCCCGCCUUGUCCGUUCCUUCCUCGGCCUCGAUUCGAUGUCUUGCCCCUCGGCGCGCCGCUUAAUCCCGCCUUUGUGAUUCGACUGCGAUACCUGAUUACGCACGACCAUAUCAACAUCACUACCGUUUCUCUUCUACCAUUCCAACCUCGUUCGAAUUCCUCCGCCAUGCCGAAGCAAUACGUCUUCUGUGGCCGCCCGCUGCCUCGGCUCGGGACCCGCCACAUCUCGCUGCUUCUCGUCUUCCUAGCUAUCUUCGCCGUGUUCAGCCUCCUCUUUACCCUCCCCGGUUCCAUCUCCGCGAGCCCGAAGUUACGAGCCGCCGGCAAUCGGUUCUCUAUUCCGAAGUCGUUCAAGAGCCCCUGGAUGAACAAACUCAACCCGUUCAAGCAACCCUCCCGCCCGCCGCGCAUCCAGAAGACCGACACGGACGGCGACUCAGUAUGGCACGCCGACUGGAACUGGCUGUUGAUGCCCUUCAGCAGCUCCAUUACUCUCGAUGAAAACCGCGCCCUACUGCCCAUGCUCAAGGACCGCACCCCAAUCUACUGCUACUAUGACAACACUGUCAAAAAAGACCGCUCGAGCGGCGACGCCGAGAGCGCCUUGCUGUUGACCUGGCGUCGCGCCUGGUGGGCUCAGGGGUUCAAGCCCGUUAUUCUUAGUCCCGCCGAGGCCAUGAACAACCCACUCUACCACGAGCUGCAGAAGCUGGAGGACAUGACCCCGAAACUCAAGGAGGACCUGAUGCGCUGGCUAGCCUGGGAGAACAUGGGCGACGGCGUGCUUGCCCACCACCUUAUUUUUCCCAUGGGGCCGCACGACGACCCCUUGUUCACCUACCUCCGCCGCGGCGAGUUCCCCAAGUUGACACGGUUCAAGGAUCUGGACGACGGCCUAUUCAUUGGGUCCAUGGGCGAUGUGACCAACGUCAUAAAAACUGUCAUGAACAGCGCCGAGAUUAAGAAGGCUGAGGAUAUCGUGGCGCUGGUGGAGUCAAGCAAGAAGGAGAACCCAUUUUCUGUCGAUAAUGCACCCGAAUCCUUGGCUUACUACUCGGCGCGCCACGUCGAGAAGCUGUAUCCCAAGAUCGGCGAUGAUAUCGCGGCAUCCCACGCGGCAGGGCUGAAAAGCCUUACACAGCUUAUCAGCGCUCACCUACACCUCACCUGGCAAAACAUCUUCACCGGCGGCAUCGCCGUGGUCAAGCCCCUGCCGCACCAUACCACCCACCUCAUCACUCCCGCCUACGAAUUAGCCCAACGACUAGCUCACUGCCCGGAAAACCCACUUCCUAACACCUGCCCCCCCAAUCGACCCAACUGUCGCCUUUGUGAUGACUCAAAACCCCUGAAGAUCACAACCCCAUCUUCCUACUCCGGCGUCGCCACGCUAUAUACCAUCGGCACCGUUCCGCACCCCUAUACCUCAUCCACCCUCAACUACCUCAAAACACAGCUCUCUAUUCCUUGGAUCCGCCGCGACUCCCCGCGCGACGCGUGGAUAACCUCGUUGACCUCGUCCCUCUUUAGUGAUUCCAUCUCUACCACCCCACGACUCAUCAGCUUCAAAGAGGCCGUCGCUUCUGACGAGGACGACAUCAAUGAAACUAAAGGAAAGGGGAAGGAAACCAAAGGCGGCGCAUACCGCUCCCUCUGGCUCCCAGCCGAGCAGCCCCUCCCGGACGACCUCGACUGGCACUUUGGCUUCGCCCUCCCUGACGGAGCCACCUACGCUGACCAAUCCACUCCCGGCUCCACGGAUGACGACGCCGCCGCCGCCACGAGAAAGGGCGGCGUCCCGCUCCACUCUUCCAAAGACGGGCCCGUUCCAACAACCGACGACCUCGCCCUCGAGCCCGCCCUGUUCACGCGCGCUCAGACCGUCGUGCUCUCCAGCACAUCCCGCAUCACCCUCAAGGCCAAGGCCAGCGCCGAGGACCUCAAGCUCCGCGACGCCGUCGAGGCCUGGAACCUGGCCGACACCGAGGCCUGGCGCUUUGCCCGCGCCUACCUCGCCCGCAAGUCGGUCGAGCGCGCCAAGUGGGAGGAGGAGGAGACCCUCUACGGCGGCGGCGUCGGCGCGGAGAAAUCACACCAGCAGCGGCCGGCGGGGCAGGGCAAGGAGGGAGGGGGCAAGGGCAAGGGGAGCAAAGUGUGGGAUCGUUGGUUGGAUCGGGAUUGA